AAAUCGUUAUAGCUAUUGGCCAAUGAAAUGCGCGCAUGCUGAGUUGAAAUUAGUAUAAAUACGAGCGACGCGGUUCCUACGGUAUUCAGUUCUCAAUUGUGUAUUAUUCGUUGUGUACUUGCAUCUUCAAGUUAUCAUCAUGACUGGCCGUGGUAAAGGUGGUAAAGGUCUUGGCAAAGGAGGCGCCAAACGUCAUCGUAAAGUGUUACGUGAUAACAUCCAAGGUAUCACGAAACCAGCUAUCCGUCGUUUAGCCAGACGUGGAGGUGUGAAACGUAUCUCUGGAUUGAUCUACGAAGAAACCCGUGGUGUAUUGAAAGUUUUCUUGGAAAACGUAAUUCGUGAUGCUGUCACCUAUACCGAACACGCCAAAAGGAAAACCGUCACGGCUAUGGAUGUCGUAUACGCUUUGAAACGUCAAGGCAGAACCUUGUACGGUUUCGGAGGUUAAUUUACUCCAAAAAGCAACCAUCGUAUUUUCUAAAACGGCCCUUUUCAGGGCCACCAA